CCUUGCCCUUCCCAGACAAAAGACCCCGAUGGGCACUAGCUGCUCAGAUGAGUUGGUCAUACCCUGCCAUUUUAUUAAAGCAUCUGACUUCCUUCAGACAAGUUCUCCUGAGCUGGGAUGAAUCCGUUCACAUAGGGCUUGGAUCUGAGUCCAUUCAGGAAUUGGUGCCUUGUGGAAUCUGGAGUUGCCAGGCACCUGUAUGGCCCUCGGCCCUGAUCGCUGCAGUCCAUGGGCUGCCCCAACUGGCACCUGGCUGCCAGCAGCCUGUAGAGGAAUUCACCACGGAUCAGACGGAUCAGAUCUGUCUGAGUGACCAGGGGUCAGCCUAUUGCAGAGCUGGCAGGGCCGUGGGAGGAAGCCAUCCCUGUGCUAGGGUUAGGGGCUGUCAGACACCGCUUGCUGGCACUAAAUGCACUUCAGGUCAAACAAGAAAUGGAAAACGCUCCAUUGUGAGCACCCCACAGCUUCAGCGCCCAAGGGCGGAAAAGGCACAUGGCCGCAAGCCAAGACAGCACCCUCCUGUUUCAGGUGUCAGACAGCGGCAGCCCAGAGAGAAUCUGAUCAGCCAGCAGGAUCUUACACAGCGAAAAGAGACUUGGUCUCGCCCCAGCCCGCGGUGCCGCCGUGUGGGCAAAAUCAAAACUUUGCAGAUGGCUUUACUGCUUGUGAGACUCUGGUUGUGGUGCUGGGGUGCUUACAGUGACUGUGAACAUGCUGUUUAUCGCAUCAAGGCACCCACCUCCAGCACUGUGUAUGGAACCAGCCAGCGAGUGCUGGUAAUAACAAAGAUAGUGGCCAGCCCACGAGCGCAGCCUCUCACAGUUCCAAUUGCCCUGCUGCUCGGGAUCUGAUCGAGGACAUGUCAAGAGCUACAGGUUCACUUCCUGCGACUGCCCUGCCAGGACAGACCGUUUUAUAAGCAAACCGAUAUCCGCCCCAAAAUAACCCUGCCUGUGUUGCGUCAUCAGGGUAAGAUUUGUGGUUGCUUCCAGUAAGACAUUAACUUAAUGCAUGAAAUAUGAUUUCAGGCCGCUGUUGCUGGUUGGAUGCGGUGCGUGUGUGUGUGUGAGACAGGAGCUGUGAGUGGAAAAUCACUUCUGGUGGUGGUAGCACUUCUCACUGGCAAAAGCUUAUUAAAAAAGGGGGGGAAAUCUGAAACUGGACAAUUAGCGCCCCAAGGGCCGAGCUCUGUUACAUAUCAGAACCAUCCUGCUGUCCCCCCUCCCCCCCGCACACCAGAGCAGUGACAGACCCAGUACAGUCUGUGCUGAAUGUUGCAUUCUGCAUUAGGAGAUCUGUCCGGAUUCCCACCCAGUGCUUUGUCCAGGAGCCUGCCCACUGAUCCAUGAUCCCCAAAGACACCAGUCGCUGCUCAUUUAAUGUUUUAAAGACAGGGGCUGGGGCUGGAGGAGUCGGAGCAUUAAUCUCUUUUUCUCCUGCUACAGCUGGGAGACAGGGCUGCCUCCCCAGCCAGGUCAAGGACCAGAAAGAGUGUGGUCAGUCCCUGCAGGAAUGCCCCUGGGGAGGGGAGGGUGCGAAAUGCUCACACAUUGCACUAUGCCCUCAUGUAAGCCACCCCAAAAGUGGGGGAGGAGAUGGCACUGUGAGUAUGCUCCCCUUCCACACUGCUUCAGCACCGGCCUGGCUCUGCAAGAGCAUCCAACCCUGGAGAGCCACCAAUUGCCCAGUGCCGCAUUGCGACUGCCUGCUUGGGCCUGUCUGAUGAGGUCAACAGAUCCCGAGACCCCUACGUCCAUUAUGUUCCGUGGGAGGGGACCUGAAGGUGACAGGA